AUGAAGAAGUUCUACAAUGUUUACUUCCUUUGUAGCUUCAUCACCUUGGGUGGUGGGCUCUUUGGUUUCGAUAUUUCGUCCAUGAGUGGUGUGCUUGGAACGAAUGCCUACACCAACUAUUUCCAGGUCGGAUCUGGCCAGUACAAGCAGGGUGCCAUCACUUGUGCCAUGCCGUUCGGUUCCCUCGUCGGUGCCCUCUGCUCCAGUUUCAUUGCCGAUAAAUACUCCCGUGUCUAUGCCAUUCAGUUCUCGUCGAUUCUGUGGAUCAUUGGUGCAGUCUUCCAAUGCGCUUCAAACGGUAUUGCCUUGCUUGUUGUCGGUCGUGUCAUCGCCGGUCUCUGUGUUGGUAUCGCCUCUGCCAUGGUGCCCGUCUACCAAGCAGAAGUGGCGCCGAAGGAGAUUCGUGGCCGAGUCAUCUCCCUACAGCAAUGGGCGAUCACUUGGGGUAUCUUGAUCCAAUACUUCAUUCAAUAUGGCGCUAGCAACAUCGACGGAGGCCCCGACAACCCGACCCAGAGCACCGCCGCGUUCCGGAUCCCCUGGGGCAUUCAGAUCGUGCCUGGCUUCAUUCUCUUCUUCGGUCUGUUCUUCUAUCCCAAGUCGCCUCGUUGGCUGGCGAGCAAGGAUCGCUGGGAAGAGGCUAUGCAGGUUCUCGCCAACCUUCACGGCAACGGUGAUUUGAACCAUCCCAAGGUGCUAGCUCAGUACCGUGAAAUCCAGGAGGCUCUGGCCCUAGAGCAAGAACAAGCCUCUACCAGCUACCAGGAGCUAACCAAGCCACGUAUCCUGAAGCGUGUGAUUCUGGGAAUGAGUGUGCAGAUGUGGUCUCAGCUCUGCGGCAUGAACGUCAUGAUGUACUACAUUGUUUACAUCAUGCAGAGUACCGGCGCCGGCUCCCCCUUGCUGACCGCAUCGAUCCAGUACAUCCUGAAUACUGCACUGACUCUCCCGGCCAUCCUGUACCUUGACAAGUUUGGUCGUCGCCCCGCUCUUCUGAUCGGCUUCUUCUGCCAGGCGGUCUUCCUUUACAUCGAGGGAGGUCUGCAAGCAGGAUAUGGUAAGCCUAACCCGGGCACCGAUCCCAAGCUGGAUGCCAUCUCCUGGACGGUCGCCGAUCAUCCUGCCGUGGGAAAGGCAAUCAUCGCCAUGUCGUACCUCUUCGUGUGUUCUUUCGCCACCACCAUCGGUCCCACCUCGUGGACCUACCCGGCUGAGAUCUUCCCUGCCAAGGUCCGUGCCAAAGCCGUGUCGCUGUCGACGGCCUGCAACUGGACCUGGAAUUGUCUGCUGGCGCUCUUUGUGCCGCCCCUUCUGUGGUCGAUCAACUGGAAGAUGUACAUGAUUUUCGCUGCCUUCAACACUGCUGCUUUUAUCCACAUGUUCCUCACCGCCCCCGAGACCAAGGGAUAUACGCUCGAAGAAAUGGAUGAGGUCUUCGACAGCGGUAUUCCAGCUUGGCGCAGACUCAAGAAGCGCAGCCGUCUCGACGACCUGGAGGCGGAGAUUGCCGAGGGCAACCUCAAGAUCACGGGCACCGGCAAGACUGGCGGCGCGACAUACACGCAGGAGACCGCCGAGAAGGUGUAA